CCUGCCCGCCUGGACAGGGCCCCUGCUGCCUGUGGAUGAGCCAUCGGACCUCCUCCGCCUUCAGAGCGGAGAGAAGCUUCCGUUCCUCCUCUUCCUCCUCCUCCUCUUCAUCUUCGGCCUCCCGUGCCCUUCCAGCUCAGGACCCACCCAUGGAGAAGGCCUUGGGCAUGUUUUCAGACGAUUUUGGCAGUUUCAUGCUGCCCCACUCGGAGCCCCUGGCCUUCCCAGCAGCCCUACCCACAGCCCGUCCCGGAGGACAAGGGAACAUCAAGACCCUCGGGGAUGCCUACGAGUUUACAGUGGACAUGAGAGACUUCUCCCCUGAAGAUAUCAUUGUCACCACCUCCAACAACCACAUCGAGGUGCGGGCUGAGAAGCUGGCAGCUGAUGGCACAGUCAUGAACACCUUUGCUCACAAGUGCCAACUACCAGAGGAUGUGGACCCUACAUCGGUGACUUCGGCCCUGCGAGAGGACGGCAGCCUCACCAUCCGGGCGCGGCGUCACCCCCACACAGAACAUGUCCAGCAGACCUUCCGGACGGAGAUAAAAAUCUGAGGGUCUCCCCACCCCUGGCCUCCCCCCCAUCUCCUCCCCCACUGGCCUGCUGGUGAGGUCACCAUGACUCCUGACAAUGGCUCCUGAGAACAUCUCAGCCUAGGCCCCAGUCACUCCACGUACUCUUUGGCCCCAGGUGGGUCACCCCCGCCCCAAACUAGGGCCCUCCUCUCCACCCAAGGCAGUGCAGGGACCCACUUACCCUCACCCAGAUAGACCCUCCCUAUUUCUUAGUUCACAAUAGAGGGGCUGAGGUACCGACCUGGGGAGCAAGACAGGAACAGUCUGUAACACAGAGUGGUGCAUGAAUGGCAUUUCUUCAGGGCAAGGGACCAGGGGUCCUGGCAAGUGUACUAUGAAAGGCUGGCCACCAAGCACUGCUUCUGGCCUAGGCAGACUGCCUCAGGGAAGCCAGAGAGAUAGCCAUGACUGUCACCUCCCUUGUAACUUUCAAAGCCUCAAACCCAGGGCUCCCUGUCACCCUGAGCCUCUAACAGCUACGUGUACCAGGCAAGGACGCCUGUACCUAGACAGGAUUUAUUAAAUGAAGUUUCUAUCUCUAAUUGCUGGUGUGUGAGGCCAGAGCCCCAGGCUCCUCUCUGCAGAGAAGGUCCUCUGUGGAAGGAAGAGGAAGAGCCAGGACUUGUACACACACAUACACACGCCAUUGUCCUGACCCUGAAAUACUCAUCCCCACUGGUUGGAGCCUAAUUCAAAGCAUUCUAGAAUCACACUUAGCGUCUCUGUUUCCAUCAACGGAGACGUGGCCUCUCUAAGCCAGUUGGAUGCCCAGGUUUGUCUCUGAAGCCAGCGCUGCCUCAGCCCUCUCUCAGCCUCUCACCUCUGGGUCCUGGGGAGACUCUUCCCCCCUUCCACCUCUCCUGAGUCACGUGCCCUGCUUCACCCUAACUGCAGACAGUGGCCACAGGAUGAGCCCCAAACAAGAUCCCUUCUGGCCCCCAAAUCCAGGGCUAAAACCUUUGUCAGCCUUAACCCUGGGGAACCUGGGCUCUGACUCAGUCUCCACGUGUAAAAUGAGGUGCAAAAGAGGGGAAGCUCACUUUUAGUUGGGGGUCCCUGGGGCCUCUGGCUCCUGAAGUCUUGGGACCCUCCUAAUAGGGAGGGGGAGGGGUUCGUGGGAGUCUAGUCUAUAACCUGUACACAAUAAAAGGACACUAUGACAGACUU